AUGCUAGAUCUACGAUGCACCGGGUUUCAGCUGAGGCCCAUGUCCAGGAUUUCGAUGGUUGGGUCAAAGACUGAAUGUUCGAGGGCUGGUUUAGGGUCUGGCUUAGGAUGGGGUUCACGAAGUCCAGGGUUAGCACAAGACCGAUUUGGACCCCUACGAAGUGGGAUUGGGAUCAAGUUCAUGGGCCUUCAUGGUUAUGAUAGGAUUCAAUCUACCACCGCUUCCAAAUUUGGCUGA